AUGAGAAAAAUUAGAUUGCAGGAACUUAGGAGACAAUUUGAGUUGGUCCAGAUGAAAUCCACGGAGUCAGUUAAAGAUUUUAUUGGCACAAUUAAAGAAAUUGUCAAUGAUAUGGAGUCCAAUGGUAAGAAUUUGGAAGAGGUUAGAGUUGUUGAAAAAGUUAUGAGAUCUCUAACUGCCAAAUUUCACACCAAGAAGGCGGUCCUUGAAGCCACAAAGGACCUUGACAAUUUGUCACUUGCUGAAUUGGAAGGUGAAUUGUUGACGUAUGAGAUGUCCCUGAAUCAGCAGCCAUUGGAUACAGUAGAGGAGAUGUUACAAGCCAAGGAGGAUCACCCAAAAGGAAAAGAGGAGGUGAAUCGCAUAGAUACAAAUCAAAGGGGACAGAACUUCAGAGGUAGAGGACAUGGAGGUAGAGGUAACUUUCGUGGUCAUGGAAGAGGUAAUUUUCUUACCAACCCAGAAAUAAUUCUAAUAGGGAUCAGAAAAACAAUCAAUAGGAAAGUCAAAGAAAUAAUUUUCAAAUGCGUAAUAGAUCUAAUGUGCAAUGUUAUAAUUGUGGUAAAAUUGGUCAUUAUCAGAAUGAAUGUUGGUCCAAUAAAGAGGUACAUGCUAAAGGGGCUGAAAAUAGUAGUGAUAGAGAGGAGACCUUCUAGUUCUACAGCUGAAGAGUCUAUGAAGAAUGAUUGGUUUAUUGAUUCUAGUUAUAGUAAUCAUAUAUGUGGUAAAAAGGAGAUGUUUUUUGACCUGGAUGAAUCUUUUGAUGCAUCUGUGAGAUUUGAAAACAAUGAAAAAGUGCAUGUUCUUGGAAAAGGAAAAAUCAGAAUUAUCUUGCAAGAUGGGUCUUCGAAUUAUAUUUCUGAUGUUUUCUAUGUGCCAAGUGAAUAUCAUAAUUUGUUGAGUUUGGGAUAA